AUGGAGGAGCCUGGCAGUCCCAAGGCGCGCAGGCGGCGAGCGAAGUCGCGCGAGAUGCACGAGGAGUGCACGUCGACGCGGGACGACCUGAGAGCCGACGCGCGACACGAACGGAGCAAGAGCAGCGCGACCAGUUCUGCUGGCGGAAAGGGGUACAGCGCGGAUGCGCGGGGCGAGCAGGAAUCCGCGACAGGGAAGCAGCGUGGCGCAGAGGGGGGCGCGCGACGGCGAGGGCGCAAGCUCAGCGCGGACGCGGCGGAGGAGAGGGGCGCGGAGGGCACUUGGGGGGCGGUGAUUGUAUGGGCGGGAGAGCAGGAGGAGGCGGAGGAGAGCGGGCAGGUGGAGGAAGCGAUGAGGACGGAAUGGCAAGGGUGGGCGGAUGGGGGACGGGCGGGGAUGUGGGACGAAGGGGAGGGAGGUGCGCAUGCGAGGCGGCCCCUGUCGCAUGCUGUGUCGCUGGGUGUCUCUCUCGCGCGCCACCUCCAGCAGCAGCCAAGGGCGGCGACGUGGGGGCAAGCGCACGGUGCAGGAGCGGAAGAGGUGGAGGAGGAGGAGGAACAUGGCACAGCAGGGCGAGGCGGAGGAGUGUUGGCGCCUGGUGCGCUGAUACCUGCUACGCCAAUCCCCAUCCCCACCCGCGCGCCCCUCCGCCUGUCCCGUGGCAUGAGUCUGGAGGCGCACGCCUUUGGCGACCUGUACGCGUCGCCGCCCUCGCCCCCGCGCCACUCUGCGGCCCAUCUCAAACCUGCCGCUGCCCCCUCGUCCCCACCAGCGCCCACAGCGCUGGCAGCGCGGGUCAGCCCGGCGCGCGGUGCACAUGGGUUGGGUGCGGACGGGGGACGUGAAGGGCCGCGGGGGCACGGGCACGGGGUGAGCGAGGGCGGUGGGGGUGGCGGUGGGGGGCAUGGGGGCGCGCACGCCCAUGGCGGGUUGCCCAAACCGCGUGGCAAAGGGGGCAGGGCGGGCGCGGGCGAGGGCAGCAGCAGGCGCGCAGGGAGGCAUGGGCGGUCGGCGUCCGUGUCGAGCAUUGAUGAGGGCUCCCUGGGGGGCUUCCCCAGGGGCACGUCGCCCACAGGGGGAGCGGCCAGCACAGCGGGCGCCGUGGCGGGGCGGCAGCACAACGGCGAUGGGCGCGCGGAGCAGAGGCAUGCGCGGUCGGGGUCAGGGGGGAGUGCACUGGGGGGGAAGGGCAGGAUAGGGCAGGGCGAGGUGGAGCAGUGCGGGGAGGAGGAGGGAGUGCAGGGCGAGUAUGGGGAUGUGGUGCUGUGCGGUGCGCGUGGUGCACCUGCUGCUUCCCCCGUGUGGCAAUCCCCACCACCUACGCUCACUCGCCACCAAAGGCAGGGCAGCCUCCCUCCCAACCUGCACUUCCUCCCACACUCCAUGUCACCUUCGCCCCCCAACUCCCGUUCCGCCUCUCCUUCCAAUCUCAUUCCCCCGCUGCCCCACCCGCCCUCGUCCCUCCACCCCCCUGUGCGCCGCCGCUUACUGCAGCAGCCGCAGCAGCAGGUGAGCGAGCAGGGGGGAGCGGCUGCAAGGCACAAGGCAGUGAUGGUGGAAAAUGGCAUGGAGACACGGCUGUUGGCGGCGAGGGAGGGGGAGGGGAGCGGGGAGGAGGGCGAGGGUGCAUGGUUCAAGGGCGGCGCUGCUGCAGUGCCAGGUCUCGGGCUGGAUCGGGCAGUGGCAGCAGUGGCAGGAGGAGCAGCGAGUGAGGCAGUAGGGGGCAGUGGGGGGCGAGGCAAUUCAGGGCUGGGACCAUCGCGCCGCACCAAGAGCAUGGCCUUCCCCUCCUCCCUUCCCUUCACCCCUCCCCAUCCCGCUGCCACCACGGAACGAAGCCCUGCAUGCGAGCAGCAGGGCGACAGCCACAGCCUCACGGACUCUGCUGGGGAGGCACGCAGCAAGACUAGUCCCCUCAGGCCACCAGCCGUGCCCACACGCGCUGUCAGCCCCACCCUCACGGACAGUGCUGCCAGUGUGAGGAGCAGCCGCCUGGGCCGUGCGGGCAGGAGCCUGGGCGCUGGAGAGCUCGCUCACCUCGUGGCCGCCGCCUCCUCGCCGCCCUUCCUGCCGCCCGGUGCAUGGACGGCGGGCGGCGCAGGCGGCGACGUGGAGCAGGACCUGUAUGGCGAUGGGGCGGCGGAGGCAGAGGGGUGUGGGGUGAGGUGGGCGGCAGGCAAAGGGGAGGCGAGAGGGGCGAAUGGGAGGUGGCAUGAGGCAGGCGUGGCAGGGGACAUAGUGGGGGCAGGCGUACAGGGGCUUGGCAUGGCGUGUGAAGGAGGUGUGGCGGGUGAGGAAGGAUGGGGGCAUGCGGGGGCGGAUGAGGAGGGCGCGAGGGAGGUGGGCGGGGGAGGGCGGGAUGAGAGGGUGGAGGGGAAGAAAGAGGGAAAGAAGAAGGUGCGGAGGAAGGGGAAGAGCGUGGAUGGCAUUGGCGCAGGGGCAGGGGCAGGGGCAGGGGCAGGGGCAGGGGAUGGCGGCGACAGUGGUGGCAGCAGUGUGCGAGGGCCAGUGGGGAAGCAGAGGAGCGAGGGCAGCAAGGGGGGAGACAACGCAGAAGACGUUGGGAUCGUAAAAGGUUCCAUGGAAGGCCAAGGGGAGCAGGUAGCGGGAAAGACAGCGAGGCGGGAGAGGGCGAGCAGUGCAGGCAAGGCAGCGGUGGUGCGCAAGGAGCAGCACCGGCGGCACCGCACUGAGGUGCUGGACGCCCAUGGCAGCAAGGCAGGCAGGGGGAGAAGGGGCAGCGCCGGCGAGCAUGGCGACUUGUUCCCCGCGCCCCCCAGCCCCGUGUCCCCCCCUGCCCCUGCUGCUGCUGCCCCGUGGCAAGCAGGCACAGGCGUGUUGGGGCCAGGGGGAGCAGGCGCAGGCGCAGGCGGCAAGGCGGGCAGGCUGAGGCGGGGGUUGAGUGAGGCGGUGAGCAUGGGCGCGCACAUGCGUGCGGGGGACACGGACCUGGCGCACUGGGUGCACACGGGCCAGCGCGGGGGGGGGGAAUGGCCCCACACGGAGGAGAGCGCGGGGGUGUGGGGUGGCGGCACGGGCGUGGGGGGGGAAUUCUCAGGAGAGGAAGUGAUGAAGGGGAUGAGGGGCGCGAGCAAGGCGAGUGGCACGCGUGGUGGUGGCAAGGGGGCGCGUGGGUGGGCACACGAAGGGGCGGACGAGCGCAGCGACCUGGAGAGCGAGUGGGAGCGCGAGAGGGGCAGGCAGGCGCACCAGCAUGGCCGCACCAGGAGCUGGGUGGGGGGGGCGACCGGGCAGCGGGAAAAGGGGAGGGUGGGCGGGGAGGCAGAGGAGGAUGGGUUGAGGGAGGAGAGUGAAGACGAGGGGGCGAAGGAGAGGGCGUGGGCGUUGGAAACGCAGCGACAGAUGCAGCGAGGGGGGCAGCAGCAGCAGGUGGCGGGGCAGGGGCUGGCGAGGUGGACGUCUCUGGCACCGGGGCUGGCAGCCGCACACGCUGCUAAUGCAGCACAGGCAGCGCUGGGUGCACAGGCCGUGAACACACAGCGCACAGCAGAGGCACGCGAGGCAGGAGCAGCGAGUGCGGGCACGGCAGGGGGCACGGGCGCGGGCACGCGGGGUCAUGGCGCCCCUGGUUCUCCUGUGCCCUUCUCCCUGUCGGCUGGAGCAGCACCAGCGGCAGCAGGGCAGGCAGGGGCGGUGGGGCGAGUGAGGCUGGUGCGCGCAGUGGGGGGCAGCAUGAGUGUGGGCAUGCAUAAGCUGAGCGAGGUGCUCUGGGACGUUGAUGAUGCUGCUCCUGCUGCCACUGCUCCCACAGCUCACGAGAGCGCCCCUGCGUGUACUGACAGCAGUAUUGAAGGCAGCGCUGAAGCCUCUCCCCUGGAUGCGCUCACCCCGCAUGCACAGCAGCAGGGUGGAGGAGCGUCGCCCCACAGUGUGCCCACCAAUCUCCUUACCUCUCUUCCAAGGCUCGCUCCCCUCACUUCCCCCGCCUCCUCCUUCUCCUCCCCCUCGCCUGCCUCCUCUGCUUCCUCUUCCUCCCUUGCCUCCAGCUCGCUCUCUCACUCGCGCACGCUGGGAGAGGGCAGGGCACAGGGCGCGUUGGCACAUGUGAGGGAGGAGGAGGAGGAGAGAGGCGGCAGGAAGAGGCAGUCGGGUGUGGAGGCGACCCAGAGUGGCAAGGCAGGGAAGUCAGGAGGAGAGCGGCGUGGGGUGCAGCAGGGGGGCCGUGCAACAGGCAGUGGUGUCCCCGCAGUGGAGCACAACGGCCCUGCUGUGUCGCCCCUCGCCGUCCCUGCACAUGCCCCAGCGCACGUGCACCCCAGCUCGGCAGCAGGGGCGGGUAGGAGCAGCAAGGGCGUGGGCAGGGUGGUGCGGUCCACCAGCAGCAUGGCCGCCAUCACUGCCUCCUCCUCCCUGCUCGCCCACCUCCUUGCUGCUGCCGCCUCCGCCUCCCCCUCCGCCGCCGCUGCUGGUGGUGGUGGUGGUGGUGCUGCUGCUGGUGGUGGUGUCAGCCCUGCCAUGGCGCAUGUGGAAGGAGGGCCGGCUGGAGCGCUGUGGGAGGAGGGCGAGCGGGCAGCGGGCAUGGCAGGGAGCGGCGCAGGGCAUGCGGCAUGGCAGCAUGGGGAGGGAGUGAGCGCGUUGUCGCUGUUUGCUGGUGUGCUGGGAGCAGUGCCAGGGGUUGAGAAUGGCGGGGCAGGUGCAGAGCAGCGAGGGGAAGGCGGGGAGGGCGGGCAGGGAGGGAUGGGCAGUGGCAGGGAGCGGCGGCUGGAGAAGAUGCCGAGUGACGGCUUCCAGACCGCCAUGCGCUCCGAGCGAGCCUCUGCACGCAAGGGCAGCAGGAGGAAGAGCCGCAAGCACAGCGGCAGUAGUGACGCUGCUGCUGAUGCUGCAGACGCUGGUGGCGCUGCGGCACAUGGCAGUGGCGGGGGCGAUGCGGACUUAGAGGAGGUGCAGGGCGGCCAUGGGGAUGGAGGGGCGUGGGUGCAGGGCAGCACGCACGAGGCCGCAGAGGUGAGUGUGGAGGACCAUGGCAUAGUGGCCGGGACAGGCGGCGCAGUGGGGGGCGAGGAGCAGCCACUCGGUGCGUCAGCCCCAGGCAGCGGCGGCAGCGCAAGCGCAGAAGCACAGCCAGGGAAAGUCGAAGGCGAGGCAGGCAGCAAGGCAGAUGGCAAGGGUGGUGGGAAGGCGAAUGGGAAGGUGCCCCGGGCGAAGCAGAAGCUGGGGCGGGGCAGCAAGGAGGUGCUGCGGCGGGGGCUGUCGAGCGUGCAUGAGGUGUACGAGGUGCACAUGGACAUGCAGCUGGGCAGUGGGCAGUUCGGAGUCAUCCGCAUGGCACAGCACAGGCAGAGCGGGGACAAGUUCGCCUGCAAGAGCAUCAGCAAGAGCUGCCUCAAGAGCAAGGCGGACGCGGAUGACAUAAGGCGCGAGGUGGCCAUUCUGGAGCUGCUGGCGGACCACCCUCACGUCGCCCGCCUGCACGCCGCCUUCGAGGACCACCAGGAGGUGCAUCUGAUAAUGGAGCUGUGUCGGGGGGGCGAGUUGUUUGACCGCCUCAAGCUCGUGGGCACGUACAGCGAGCGCGAGGCGGCGGUGCUGCUGCGCACGCUGGUGGGCGUGCUGCAGCGCUGCCACGCCAUGGGCGUGGUGCACCGCGACGUCAAGCCCGAGAACAUCCUGCUCGUGUCCAAGCGAUCGCACACGGACAUCAAGCUCAUUGACUUUGGCGUCGCCGCCUUCCUCAAGCCAGGCGUGGAGCUAACGGAGUUUGUGGGGUCGCACUACUACAUGGCGCCCGAGGUGAUCGAGGGGCAGUACGGCGCCGAGGCGGACAUCUGGAGCGCGGGCGUGGUGCUGUACGUGCUGCUGUCCGGCGUGCCGCCCUUCUGGGCCAAGAGCGAGGAGGGCAUUCUGCACGCCAUCCUCGACUGCCGCCUGCGCUUCAAGGCCGAUGCGUGGCGCACGCGCAGCGAUGCUGUGAAGCACCUGCUGCGCUGCAUGCUCACCCGCAGCCGCACCGCUCGCAUCACCGCAGAAGGCAUUCUGGCCCACCCGUGGAUGCAGGCGUUCUCCCAGGCACUGCCAGCGCUACACUCCCCCACAUGA